AAGAUUUCCCUGAUUGAGAGUUCUAACUGCAUGCUUCCUUAUCUUAUCCAAUGCAAGGUUGACGGCAUUCUCCACCAAUCGGCGACUCUCGAAACGUGACGUCAAAAACUGUUUAUAAUUCUACCGCAACUUGUGUUCUGCCACUACAGAGAAAAUAACAAUCCUGGCAAGUCGUUUUUAAUGAGACCUUAAAUUCAAAACUCAAAAAGUACCAUGGUGGUCGGAAACAGAAGAAAGAUUGAAGCUGUCACAAGAAAUCUUGUGUUGACAAAUGAUCAAUUACAAAAGGUAUCUGUAUGCCUAUUACAUGAAUUUCACAAAGGACUAUCUUUGGAUUCUCAUUCUAAUGCAGCUGUAAAAAUGUUCCCAACAUAUGUAACAGAUGUGCCAAACGGAACAGAACAAGGAAAGUUUCUUGCUCUCGACCUUGGCGGCACUAACUUCAGGGUUUUGCUUAUAACUCUUGAAGAUGAAGACUUUCAAAUGGAAAAUGAAGUCUUCGGAAUACCAGAAUCUAUUAUGCUUGGCACAGGCACACAGCUCUUUGACCACAUAGCUGAGUGCUUGGCCAAUUUCAUGGAAAGACAAGGUGUCAAAGAUCUCCGUCUACCUUUAGGUUUCACUUUCAGCUUUCCUUGCAAACAAGAGGGCUUAGCCAGUGCACGGCUAACAGGUUGGACGAAAGGAUUCAAGUGCUCGGGAGUGGAAGGAGAGGAUGUGGGUGAAUUGCUGCAGGACGCUAUGGAAAGACGAGGAGAUAUGAAUGUCAAUGUAGUUGCUAUUAUAAACGACACAACAGGAACUUUGAUGUCUUGUGCUCAUAAAAAUAGAGAAUGCCGAAUCGGACUUAUUAUAGGCACAGGAACAAACGCCUGUUUCAUGGACACAGUUUAUGUGAAUGAAGGAACGCGGCCAAAAUGUCGACCCUAUAUGGCUAAACUAGAUAACGAUGUCGAUCUGUGGGAUGGAGACACAGUUGAACCUCGACAAGUAAUUGUAAAUACAGAAUGGGGCGCAUUUGGAGAUGAUGGUUGUCUCAACUUUAUUCGCACAGAAUAUGACGCAGAAGUUGAUAAGAUUUCCCUCAAUCCAGGAAAACAGCUGUUUGAAAAAAUGAUAUCUGGAAUGUACAUGGGGGAAGUUGCUCGCCAAGUAUUAGUCAAACUCACAAGAGACGGCUUGCUCUUUGGAGGAAAAUUUUCAACACAACUUUUGACUCCUUAUGCAUUUAAGACGAAAUACAUAUCAAUGAUUGAAAGUGACCAGAGAAAUUCUUUUGACGAAACAAGAAACGUCUUGAACGUUUUAGGACUGGAAUACGCAACGGAUUUAGACUGUAAUAAUGUGAAGCUGGUUUGUGCCAGAGUAUCUACACGAGCUGCAUUUUUAGUCUCAGCAGCGGUUGCCACUAUCUUAAAUAAGAUAAAAAGACCACACACUACAGUUGGAGUAGAUGGAUCUGUGUACAAAUGCCACCCUCACUUUCAUGACUUAAUGGAGAAAAAAAUUGAAGAACUUACAGAACCAGACUACAAAUUUGACUUGAUGCUUUCUGAAGAUGGAAGUGGUCGAGGGGCAGCUUUAGUUGCUGCAGUUGCUGAAAGGUCACGCUAGACACAAAAAUGCGCAUAAGUGAAUGAAACACAAAAAGACAUUUCAUCCAAGAUAGUCAGGUGCAAUGGAUUUGGUUCCAUUCAUAAAACCGAAGUCAACACAAGACGAGUUUUGAGGUCGAAACGAUGCCGGAUAUAAAUUCCAAGUUUUUCAAACGACUGCACUUUGUAUAGUAUUUGCCAUUAUAACUACCAUUUUAUACAUCUGAAAAUGUGUGAUUGCAAACUAGAGGAAAAAUAAAUUGUAUAUUUGUGUAA